AGCCGCUUCCUUCCGGGCAGAAGAGACUUCUCGGCGGGCAUGGAGGGCGGAGGGCGAGGCAAGCUCAGCCUGAAGCGAAAGAGGUUUGAAGACAAACCCGAAGCCAGCGGCCCUUCCCGGCCUCCCAAGCCAGAGGUCAGCCAGGGCCAAGGACUUCCAUGGCGGGCCCCCAUCCGAGCUGCCCAGCCCCAUCUGACCUGCCCAGGCCUGGAAGACAUGGCCAGCCUCCCGGCGUUCCUCCCAAAGGGAAAGAGGUCUCCAACGGCCAACCCGGCGGCAAAACCGGAAACGUUUCACGCCGGAAUGCAAAAGUUCCAGUGGGUUCCUUUCCCACUUUACCAAAGGGAAGGCACUAAAGGGAGCAAGCCAAGGAGGCCUCAAAACUCUGGAAUCAAGGCGGACGGUCGGAAAGAAAACGAGGAAGACAAAAACCCCAAAAUCGUGCCUCCCGUUACGUCAAAAGAACAUACCUCUGAGAUUUCGGAAAUGACAUCUAUAUUAGCUGCGGGGGAACCUCAUUGUAUUAGUGUCGACGGCCAGGAAAAAACGGAGGAUCCCAGUAAGGAAAUGCAACUGGAAAAGUGUCCUUUGUGUCAGAUGCGCUUCAUUGGAAACUGGUCCCAACUGGACGUUGACAGUCAUCUCGCUCAAUGUUUAUCUGAAAGUACAGACGACACGUGGUAAAAAGAAAGAAAGAAAAAACAUUAAAUAUGAAGAUUCGAGGUCUAAGAAUGAGGACGUUGUUGCGCCGAUAUUUUUCGCGUUUGUUCGUUGUAUAUUCUAUCUGUCUGGAUGUACAUUUGAGAAUACUAUGCAAGUGUUGAUGAA